GUUUCCUUAUUAAUUGUAGUAAUUCCUCUUCACUCCACACUGGAUCCUUAGCUACCCAUUCUCUCAUAUAGCUAUGGCAUUGUCUUCCUACGCAUCUUUUCGUUCCUUCAAAUCCUGCUCAGUUUCCAACUCUCAAAACAGAAUUACAGCUUUUGAAAACUCCAAACCUUUUAGGAGUGAUUAUGAUCUCACUAUGCCACCAAAAUUGAUCAAUAUUAAUAAUACCCACCAUCAUAAUACUUUGUCAAUAUCUACCCCCUUACAAAAGUCCAAACCUUUCAUUAAUAUUGAUCAUGAUUUGGAUAUAUAUAGAGACGUUAUAAGAAAAGCAGGAGAAGAUCCAUUUGAAGGGCUUAAGAUGAUUGAUGCAAUCCAACGGCUAGGAAUUGACUAUAUCUUCGAGGAAGAGAUUGAUGGAAUUCUACAAAGCCAAUCUCAUCAUAAGUUUUUUAACGAAUUCGAACAUCAUCAUCAAGAUGAUCUGCAUGAGGUUGCUCUUCGUUUUCGACUCUUGAGGCAACAUGGUCACUUCAUUCCUGCUGAUAUUUUUAACAAGUACAAGGACAAUAACGGAAAGUUCAGCAUAAGGCUAAGUGAGGACGUCGACGGCUUAAUGAGCUUAUAUGAAGCGUCGCAUCUAAGCAUAGAAGGAGAACAUAUCCUCGACGAAGCUGCCUUAUUUAGUGCUCAACACCUAGACGCGUUCAUGAAACGUCCUCAUCUUUGCCAGACAAGAUUUGUGGCAAGGACACUUGAAAAUCCCUGUCACAAAACCUUAUCUAUGUUCACAGCCAAGGACCUUUUUGGUGUUUAUCCUAGUGAGAAUGGGCACAUAAAUGUGUUAAAAGAACUGGCAAAAGUUGAAUUUAAUAGAGUUCAGUUCCUACACAGAAUGGAAAUUGAUCAAGUCACCCAAUGGUGGAAAGAGCUUGGAUUGGCUAAGGAGUUGAAAUUUGCAAGAGACCAACCAUUAAAAUGGUACCUCUGCACAGUGGCAAGUCUAGCAGAUCCAAACUUGUCUGAGGAGAGGAUUGAACUUACGAAACCCAUUUCUCUUGUCUACAUAAUAGAUGAUAUUUUUGAUGUUCAUGGUACACUAGACGAACUCACACUUUUCACAAACGCAGUUAAUAAAUGGGAUAUAACCGCUAAUAAAGAGCAGUUACCAGACUACUUGAAGAUAUGUUUCAAGGCACUUGAUGGUAUAACCAACGAAAUUAGCCACGUGGUGUACAGAAAACAUGGAUGGAAUCCCAUUGACUCCUUAAGAAAAUCGUGGGGAAAACUAUGCAAUGCGUUCUUAUUAGAAGCACAGUGGUUUGCUUCUGGGAAGUUACCAAAUGAAGAGGAGUAUUUGAAGAACGCGAUUGUGAGUUCAGGGGUCCAUGUGGUGCUAGUUCAUAUGUUCUUUCUCUUGGGUCAAGGUAUAUCCAUGGAAGCUGUAAACUUACUCGACGACAUUCCAGGCCUUGUGUCUUCUACAGCCGCAAUUCUUCGUCUUUGGGACGACUUAGGAACUGCCAAGGAUGAGAAUCAAAAUGGGCAUGAUGGGUCCUACGUUGAAUGCUACAUGAAAAAACACCAAGGUUGUUUGGUGGAAGAAGCAAGAGACCAUGUGAUCAGUAUGAUUAAAAAUGAGUGGGAACGCCUCAAUAAGGAGUGUUUCUCUUCAAAGCACUUUCCAAUGUGCUUCAAAAAGGGUUGUCUAAAUGCUGCUCGGAUGGUUCCAAUAAUGUAUGACUAUGAUGAUAAUCAUCGCCUUCCAGGCCUCGAGGACUAUAUCAAAUCACUUCUCUUUGAAACAAUUAAAUAGAUUAUUAUAGUUGAAAAAAAAAAAACAUGAUUGAAAGUAAUUAUAUAUUUUUAAAAGAAUAAUUAAAGUGUGGUUGUUGAAAUUAUGACUUUAUAUAUAUCCGUUCAAAUAAGAGCUAAAGCCGUUGUUACAUUCA